GCUUUUAAACAUAAAGUUAUUUUCAGCCUGGCCUUCUAUUUUGAAUGUCGGAGAAUGAGUUGACCAAUACAGGAGUAUGUUAAGUCCCAAACUCCUUUUUUGGGCGUUGCUAUCGGGCUUUCUAUUUUGCCAGGUUUGGUUGCCGCACAAAAACACAACCGGAUAAAAAUGCCUAAAAAUCGAAUCUUGGCCUCUUGCUAUAGGUUUAAAACUAAUCUCCAAGCAGAUGUUGAAAUUAGUUGGAAGUUUAUAACCUGUUCUUACUGCCUGGCUAGUCUUCUACCGUAUUAAGUGGGCGGCUGUGAGAAAAAAACACUCUGACUCGGAGAAUCCCAGCAGCCAGAAAACGUAACAAUCUCGUCCUAACAUCUAUCUGUAGAUUAGAUACAACAAUUCAAGGAAACACCACAAACGCCAUAAAUACAGCAACCACAUACUGUAAAAGGGAAAAUGUUCGCGGUAGUUUUAUGUUCGCCUUCUUAAGAGUGACCCGCACCGCGAGUAUUUUCCCUUUUACAUUAAAACUCUGCAUGACAGUUUAAACAGCGAACCACCGCGAACACUUCAUUUUCUCCGUACCGCGAAAUUAUCCCCGCUAACACUUCCCCCUUUUUUCAGUCCUCUAUCCAUUGAAGGAGACGCGUAUAUUCCUUUGUUUGUUUCUACUUUCUACCACCCAAACUACAUAGUAAUGUAGACGUGCAAGUGAGGCGUGGGUAUUAAAGUGGUCUUGCCGGUUACUUGGAAUUCUAAACUUACGAGAGGCUGUUGUGUAAAGUUACCAGGUGGUUAAACGAAAAGCGCAUUCUCCAUGUUUUUCCUGGAACAGCCCUUCCUACUUGGUAUAGAGGAUACAACUGACUUAAUCAUCGCAAGUGAGUGGGAGCCAUGUGACCUUAACACGAAUUCCUGUACAACGCCGUGGGAGGAUCGGGCGGGUCAUACUUCUGCUUUGACGCUUCCUCGGCAGUGCACCACUUCCUCAAAUGGAUCGGUUUCAUAUCAGCUUUAAAUAGAUGUCUGAUGUAUAUGAAGAAAGGCAGUCUUGCGUUUGACAGUCACGACAGCACCUUGUGCCUGAAGGUAAAACUUAUCCGACGUUGGGACAGAAGACUGACGAUAAUGAGGAGUCUCCAGAUGUACAACGCCAAAACGUCUAGCAGUGUGCUGAUGUGUGCCUGGAUGUUCCUCUGGGCAGGGAGUCCUAACUUGUCGGCGGCAUUAUUGGCUAAUGCGGCUCCCUCACCGGUACCCCCGACCGACGAUCACGGCUAUGAUUAUUAUGAUUAUUACGGUGACUAUGGAGACGCCUGUCACAACUGGCAGACCAACAUACAGGAGAUCCAUUGGGAGAUAGCAACGGUUGGAGAGCAAAUGGUGCUAAGAUGUCCUUUCUCGGAGUGUUGGGAUGGUUACACAACCACUUGGUACCGCAAGGGCGUUCCGCUCAAGCUGAAUCCACCCGCAGACGAAAUCACACAGAGCGGAGAUGCAGGUGAACAGCUGCAGUUCACACGAGUUCGGCAAGAGGACGCUGGUACAUACACCUGUCAGAUGACGAACGGGACCCACGCAUUCGUCGGAAAUGUCCAACUGGAGGCUACAAACCCUCCCUCCAUCACACCGCCCUCCAUGGAGCCUGUGGAUCCGCCCAUGCUGCAGAAGGUUGUGGGCGAAAACGCCACGUUUGUCUGCAGGGCGUCCUAUGGUGUCGUGGGUCCCGCUACCUUCCCUCAACUGUACUGGGUCAAGAACAACACCUUCGUGAACAACAGCAGUAGAGUGGUCCUCCGCCGCACCAGCAGGACAGACUCUGAUGGUUCCCUCUACAUGAAUGUUCGUCUGUCAAUUUAUCAUCUACAAGAGGCAGAUUUUGGACAGUACACCUGCAUCGCGCAUACUACGUUUGGAUGGACAUCGCAGAAUGCCACAAUAGAGAACGAUGGGAGUGUCAUUGGGUAGUAGGAGC